AUGCUGAAGGUCAGGUUUGGAGGCGGUGGUCGUGCUUUCAGGACAGCAGCGAUGAAGCACUGUUUUUACAAUGAGACUGUGGGGUUCUUCUACAACAACAGCCGCAAAGAGCUGACCACGUACUGGAGGACGAAGGAUGUCCUGGUGGUUGCCCUGGGCCUGACGGUGAGUGUCAUCGUGCUCCUGACCAACCUGCUGGUCAUCACCGCCAUCGUCAUCAACCGGCGUUUCCACUACCCCAUCUACUACCUGCUGGGCAACUUGGCAGCUGCUGACCUCUUUGCUGGCAUUGCGUACAUGUUCCUCAUGUUCCAUACGGGGCCCAGGACAGCGGAGCUCUCCCUGAAGACCUGGUUCAUCCGUCAGAGCCUGCUGGACACCAGUUUGACAGCCUCUGUGGUGAACCUGCUGGCAAUCGCUGUGGAAAGGCACCAGACUGUUUUCACGAUGCAGUUACACAGCAAAAUGUCCAACCAGCGUGUGAUGAUCCUCAUCUUCUGUAUUUGGGUCACGGCACUGCUCCUGGGGCUCAUCCCGUCCUAUGGCUGGCACUGCUUAUGUGCCUUGGACAAGUGCUCCAGGAUGGCCCCGCUCUACAGCAGGAGCUACCUGACCUUCUGGGCCAUCUCCAACCUGGUCAUCUUCCUGAUCAUGGUGGUUGUGUACACGCACAUCUUCAUCUAUGUCAAAAGGAAGAUGACACGGAUGUCCAAGCACACUAGCUUCCACCCCCGCUAUAAGGAGACCAUGAUCAGCCUCGUCAAGACGGUCACUAUUAUCCUAAGUGCUUUUGUUAUCUGCUGGACGCCAGGACAAGUUGUGCUCCUCCUGGACGGCCUGGGCUGCAAGAGCUGCAACGUUCUAGCGGUGGAGAAAUACGUCCUUUUGCUGGCGGAGAUCAACUCGUUGAUAAACGCUAUUGUCUACUCUUACAGGGACAACGAGAUGCGCAGCACCUUCCGGAGGAUCCUCUGCUUUGUCUGUUAUAGGAAUUCCAAAUACACCCCCACGGUGGUGAAGCUGAACACCACAGACCGCGGGACGCUUUCUCAGAACGGGCACUUCACUGUGGAUUCCUCUAUUUAG